ACAUUGAUGGGUCCUGGCCAAGAGAUUUGAGCGCCGAAAGAGAGGUUGCGGGAAUGAGCCGCUGUCCCCAUUUUCGAUACGGGACCGAGCCAGGCGUCGGACUGAUAAUUUGGGUAUCUAGGAAACGCAACGAAGACGAAAGGGUUGCGGAAGAAAGGCAAAGAGAUACGGUUGGCUUAGCUCUCGCUUGGCGUACUGGUUGGGCACAAAGUGUGGAUUGAAUGGGUCGAAUUGUUGUAAAGUCGCGGACCGGGGCCCAGAGACGAAGCAUGUCAUCUCAUUAACGAGAAGAAAUGAGAAGAAGCAAGGUUCGGAGGCGACUUAGCAGCCUAGGGCGG